UGCUGCUGCUGCUGCUGCAGACGAGCAGCCGAAGGGAAUUCGUUGGAAGCGACGGGGAGCACUUCGAUGAGCGGCGAUCCUCGCGAUGUCAGGCAACUUGACCGCGACUCUGCUCAACACCACGAUGCUCCUCGUCCAAGUCACCUACGUCGGUGACUUCACGUGCUACCACAAGAAGCAUUUGUCGUUCCAGCCGGGCGUCGCCUCCAGCGAGUACUGCAGGCUCAUCUGCUCCAACAUGGCGAGGGACGCGCUGGCGACCGGCUUCCGCGGCAGCUUCGCGCUCGACAUCUCCCGCGUUGUCAAUCUGUCGGAGGUCUUCUGCAUGAUCGAUGGCGGCAAAGAAACAUAUUUGAACACGGUGCCCCUGGCCACGCCACCGCCGCGAGCGCAAGAGCACAGCACCCUGGUCACCUCGCCGCCGCUAACCAGGAGCGCCUGGACCGGGGAGAACACUGCAACAUCGCUGCUGUUGCCUAUCUGUGGCCUUCUCUGCCUGCUGGGGGCGAUCUACUGGAUCAGGAGGAUGAAGAGGAGGAGCAGGAGGAGGCGAGAGGCAGCGCAGGAUGGAGACGGCGUAGAGCUGGCGGAACGGAUCAUUGUCGGCGAGGAGCUGGCGAUCCACGUUACGGGAGAAGCGGUCGUGAACGUCACCAUGGGAACCGUGGGCCCCGUGGCUAACGGGACAACGGCGGGCACCAUCGCCACCCCGGGAACCCCGGGCGCCGUGGCCGUCGGGGCGAGGGCAGUGCCCACGCGCGUGGAUGCGUCAACCUCCACGGACGACGUCGUGGCGCGAGGGGGCGACUCCUAGGGGGCCGCUGGGCAGGGAGGGGGGGAGAGGACCCCCGAGGCUACGGAGCCGCCUCGAGCUGUGCUGUGAUCGGACCUCGCGGCUCAAAGAGUCGCCGAUGCUCGGGGACGGAAGCAAGAGAGCGUGGCGCCCAAAGCGGCUGGAUUUCUGAGAAAUGAUCGGGCCGAGCCAAACACCGGACUGAAUCGCAAUCACUGAUGCACACGGAAGAGCCGAUCGGCGUCCAAAGACAAUUGAUCGCUCAUCUGAUAUCUGUUCUGCACCGGUGUCACCUCACUCUGCUCCCCGCGUGCACCUCGCUGGUCCCGCUCCGUCCCGCCGCACGGCAUUCCCCCCUUCUCGUUUCACGACGUCCCCCCUCCCCUCCUCGCCAGCGGCUCGGCACCCAACACGGGGCGUGGUGGGGGGCGGAGAGCGGCGGCGGCGGCGGCGGCAAAUCGUACGGCGCUCCGCCGCCACUGAGCUCCGGCUUACAGGAUGGAACCUGGGUUAGACUCUGGAGCGGGGUGCGUUGUUGUCAUUGUUGUCGUCGUUGUUGUUGUGGUGGUAGUGGUAGCGGUGAACUUGGAUUGUCCCAGCCGUUGGCAGCCGCUGGUGACAGGGCCCCAAAAAAUCCAGCAACAUUGUCUGCGAUUCCUGGCAGGAGUAGUGGUGGUUGGGUUUCUGCGUAAACGACUGUGACGUUGCCGUGCCACGAUUCGUGCAUGCUACUAGAGUCGUGCGUUGGGCUCGGAACUCCCCCGCGUCUACCCUAGCGACGGGGUUCUCGUCUACAAACGUCGUUCACCGGCUUUGGCUCAGGCGAGCCUGACUCACGAGGCACGCACGGCCGACGAGGAAGCCGCGUGUCGGGUGGAAAUCGUCUCUGGAGAUGCCCCCUGGGGUGCGUGUUGGGCGCUUUGCCAAACGCGAAUCGUUGUUGUCAUUGACUCGAGGUUGCCUCAUGUCGUCACACCCGCUGUAGGUGUCCCUCAGGGGUCCGUCCUGCGUCCUUGGCCUUUCUCAAUCGACAUCUUUGCCUCAUUGACGGUCACGGCAUAAACCAUGGGCAUCAAACUGUCCAGGCUAUCAGCUAUUCAGCCAAUCACCCGUCCAGCCUCUCACCCGUCCAGGCCCUCACCUGGUUCAGGCUCUCACCUGGUCCAGGCCCUCACCUGGAUCAGGUUGGCAUCUGAGAGACUUUGAGCUCUGGCUCUGCGUCUCUGAUCCCUCGAUCGAAUGUUGGGGUCCCAUCCGUGAAACACGUGCGUGUUGUUAAAUGUGUCGAUAUUAUUCCAAAUGUCGUCUGCUUAUUUAUUACUUGACUUAAGUCGAUCAACCUACGAGUCCCGAACUAUGACCGCGUGUACGUAAACUUGGUCUUAGGCUCUCUGCCGUUCUUACUUUACUUAAUGUUUAAUAUCAUUAUUAUUACUGCCACUACUAAUGCGUUGCAAUUGUUAGAACACAAAGAGGCAAUGCGGUACAGGUCGUGGAGAGUGUGGGGGGAAUGGUCCACAUCCCUGGCCACUCGUGAACAACCAGGAGUAGUGAACAAGCAAGGCGCUCUUCCCCCUCCAACCCAGCUUAAAUAGACGCUCCAAGCCUGGGGUUGUUUCAUUCAGACGCUGUCUUCUCGACAGACCUUUUCUUCACCUGAAGACGGCUGCGAGCGUUGUGGCCGAAACUUCGUGAGAAUUAUUUUAUUAUGUUGUUAUUUUUAUUAUUUUAUUAUUUCCAUUCUACGUGGCUUUACCGAAAGAACCAAGAAGAUGAAUGCCUGCAGUCACGAAAGCUUUAAAACAAAAGUCACCGUUGCCAAUUGCUCUAGCGGCAGUAGCAGCAGCAGCAGGAGCAGCACCGCUCCCCUUCACGCUGAAAAGGCGGCAGGGCCUCUGUUGACCGAGCACCUUUGAGACCCCAGGGAGACGUUCCCUGCCUGGGGGGAGGUGGAGAGAGCGGUGGCGCAGCGGUUAGCGCGACGCUGCGCUCCGAACCCGGCGACACGAGUGCAGACACCCCGCUCGCGGCCAACAACCGGCGAUGAUUACUAUCCAAACCGGUCUUGGGCCUCCCCUAGGUCGACUCGGCCUCAAAUGAGUAGCUGGUGCGAUCUGAUCAAAAAAACAUCGUCGCUGGGGAGACAAAGGCGGGUCGGGCGUGGUGCUGGCCACCUAUCCCCCUCGUGUGCCGUGCCGGCCUUCGUAGGUGCUGCUCGCUACUAACGGCACUUGCCCCAACAGUCUGUCACAGGCUAUACGGGUGAUCUUUGUCUUUGCUGUUAAUGUAUGGCCUCUGCCAAAGGUAUCUGAAAAUCCCGUUCAACCCUUGCUCAGGACGAGAUCUCCCACCUAUUGUGAAGGGGGGGGGGGUGUUUGAAAAACACGAAUAUGUUUUACCCUUCCUGGCAAUAACACAGGAGGUGUUAGGAUGUUCAAACGCCGUUCUCUGGUCUGAGUUAGCUGCUCAACCCGAGCUGUGAAUGCUCUGAUUCGUGCGGCAUUUCCCUUGUCCUGUUCGUCGUUUAGCUUCUCUCGUCUGACGCUGGUGAGACGAGGCCAUCAAUGCGGCUGCUGGCUCUGGUGUAGGCCAAUCAGUUUCAAAGUCGAUGCAUUCCUUGUCAUCAGAGCCGGUUUGUCUGCAUGUCCACCACAAGGUCUGUGUGUGGGGAAUGCAGACUUGACUUGAUUCCUCGCCAAAGCUACAAUCUAAUUGCUGUUUGAACAUCUUAACACAACUCGUGUUUAAUUGCCCGAAAGUGUGGACGUCUGUUCUUAUUUUUCUUCACACUUUGAUACUUGGCCAAAACAAAAUAAGAAACAUGCCCUUUGAGAAUGUGAAUGUCAGCCAAGGCCAAGAGAGGGCUCCCAUAACAACUCGCCGCUGACAUCAGACCCCGAAACACGCCUCGAAGCCAAGCUCCACAAACUUGCGUUUCAGUGUUAAUUCAAGCGAACCGCCUUCCAACUAAAUCCAAGAGAUAUUUACGCGAUCUAACCCCCCCCCCCAAAAAAAAACCCCGAUAUUGUUGAUAAUAUUGGUCGCGAACGCCUGCGUGUUGAACUCAAUCAAAGAGAGUCUUCAAUGACUCAACACAACAUCUGCGUGUGCGUGUGCGUGGUUUUUGUCCCCCCGCUGAAAUCGACUUCUACUCGCUAGAUUCGAAGCUUUCGUGACUGCAGGAAUUACUCUUCUUACUCGACUUCUGCUUUCUGAGUUUCGUUUUUUUUUAAAUAACCGGCGCGCGCUGCCGCGACCGUGCGACGCGCGUGGCUGGGUAAUAAAAAAAAACAACGCGACACAAACGCACAAACGGAGCCGUGAGAUCGUCGACGAAAGAUGUGGAGACGGAAAAAAAAGCUGGAGGACUUCGAAGGGAAUAAAGAAUAAGAGAGCCCGCGGCGGAGAGACGGAGAGAGAGGAGGGAUCCGCGGAUUCGUUUUGGGUUUUUUUGUGUUCAUGCAAACCGCCCCCCGGCUCGAUCCCAGGGAGGAAACGGGGCGAGCUCGGCUCUUCCGAGCGCCAACAAUAAAACGGCGCUGCUCCGACAACGCCGUUGUGCACCGGGGGGUUGGGACAAACGUGACACCGCCAAUUACUCGACUGGUGGCACGCACACACCACGCACA